CUACUUUAGGGUUUGAAACCAUAAGAUCUUGCGGCCGGGAGAUAAUAUCCACCGUUUCAGCUCUCAAAAAAGUGUAUUGGUGCCACGCAAUAGAUACAUUCUUCUUUACCGCAUUCCCAAUUCCCUUGUCUCAAUUCAUCGCCUUUCUUCUCUCUUUUGCUCUCAGUUUUCGCCGUGGUUCGAGUACUUUUUCUAAAAUGAAAGGCAUAUUACUUCUUUUCUACAACAACAUCAACAAGUAUCUGCAGUCUGUCGAUCUUUAAAGAUUUCUCAUUUCCCUGUAUUUAUACUCUAUAUUCCUCACAGUUUUCACAGGGCGAAGCGGAUAUUUGAAGUACGAGGCUUCAAACGCAGAAAUGUCUUCUCCAAGCAAGAGGAGAGAUAUGGAUGUCAUGAAGUUGAUGAUGAGUGAUUAUACAGUGGAAACCAUCAAUGAUGGAAUUACCGAAUUCAAUGUGGAGUUUCAUGGUCCAAAAGAAAGUCCUUAUGAAGGCGGGGUAUGGAAAGUUCGUGUGGAGCUACCAGAUGCUUACCCUUACAAGUCUCCAUCAAUUGGGUUUCUGAACAAGAUAUUCCACCCAAAUGUUGAUGAGCUAUCUGGUUCUGUAUGUUUGGACGUUAUCAAUCAAACCUGGAGUCCAAUGUUUGAUCUUCUGAAUGUAUUUGAAGUUUUUCUUCCACAACUGUUGCUCUACCCAAACCCAUCUGACCCAUUAAAUGGUGAUGCUGCAUCAUUGAUGUUAAAGGACCCAAAACGAUACGAACAAAAAGUGAAAGAGUAUUGUGACCGAUAUGCAAAGAAGGAGAACGUUACCGAUGCACCUGAAGAAGACGAAGACAGUAGUGAGGACGACUCUAGUAAUGGUUAUAACAGCACAUCAAGUGAUGACGAAGUUGCAGGUCAUGCUGACCCAUGAGCAAAUUCGUGGGAGUGAUGUCUUAGUGACUUCUUUUCGAACAGUUUUUUGAUUGGGGUUGUAUGUUUACUGAUAUAUCCUUCGCACUUGUAAACUACACCAUUAAAUGUAAAUUCGUGAUAGGAGAGUUGGAAGAUUGGUUUAGUUACAUGUUCUAAAUUUAAUCAUUUAUGCAGGUUAGUGUUCAAACUUGAUUGAAAUGGAAAAAGAAAUUUCUACUAUUUGCUGUGGCAUGAAAGUCCCAUUUCAGCAGGCCGGUUGUCGGAGUAUCUUUAAUCUGUUUUAUGCCAAGUGUGGCACAACUGUUUUUACCUAUUCCAGAAACUCACAUUGUUUGUGUCCUAGAUACAGUAUUGUUUUAAACCUUCAUUUUCACUGGUUGAACCAAGGGGAUUGUUAUAAAAGCUUCUUUCACUGUGA